UAAAAACAAAAAAAACAAAACAAGAAUAAAAAAAAAAGUGUGAUAAUUUUCUGUCACGCAAUGACGGUGAUGAAGGUGGAGAUGGUGGUGAUAAUGGUGGUGGUGGCCUUGGUCUUGGCGGUGCACGUUGGGAAGGGUCAGCAUCUCCUCCAGCUGACUUACGUGGAGGACCAGGGGGAGGAGGUAGUGACCCGGCCGAAGGUUACGAAGAGAGUCAAUUUCCCGCUCUUGAGACCAGAAACCCGGGAAUCUAAGAAGCCUCCUCACAAGCCUCACACGGAAGAGAAAUCACGUAAAAAAAGGCUCUUCAAUGUGGUUCAGAUCGAGGCCAUAGGAGACCGCGAAGACCUCUCAAAGAACCUAGCUUUAGAGACGCCGGCCAUCGAGGUCUCAGGGUCCGGCGGGCGUUACGGGGCUCGAAGUGGGGCGUCGUGGUCUCCUUGGGGUUUGUGGUCGCCGUGCAGUGUGUCGUGUGGGCGUGGGCAGCAGUACCGGUUCAGGGCGUGUCUGGUGCGGGCGUGUGAGGGCCGCCCGUGGGAGCUUCAGGAGUGUACUAAACGCCGGUGUAGGUUCUGAGUUAAGUGAUUGUUUGUAUGACUUUUUCUUCGGCCGAUGUGUUUGAUUUGUGACGCAUUAGUUGAUUGUAAUAGAGAGGAAGGGGGUGAUAGUAUAGUAAUGCAUCUUAGUCUGUGUGUCUGUCUAUCUCUGCCUGCAUCUGUAUCUCUCUUUGUCUGUCUCUGUUUAUCUGUCUGCUUGUA